AUGCAGACCAUCAACAGGAUUUACAGCUUCAUCAAUGAUAAAAGAUUCAAGAAAAAUGGGACUACCAACGAAAGAAAUAUAGAAGAAUAUAUAAUUAACGUAACUGCUCAAGACCUCGUCUUACCCCCUUCUGUCGAAAUCGUUGAUAAUACACAACAUAUAGCUAUACUAACAGAACCCAUUUAUUUUUGUAUUGAAUUACAAAUCGAGAGACAUCGAGGAUAUCAUAUAAAAACACCCAAUAACUUUCAAGAUGGAAGUUUUCCGAUCGAUGCUGUAUUCAUGCCUGUUCGAAAUACAAAUUAUAGUAUUCAGUCUUAUAGAAAUGGGAGUGAAAAAGAAGAGAUACUUUUUCUCGAAAUAUGGACAAAUGGAAGUUUAACUCCUAAAGAAGCACUUCAUGAAGCCUCUCGGAAUUUGAUUGAUUUAUUCAUUCCUUUUCUACAUGCGGAAGAAGAAAACUUACAUUUAGAAAACGACUGGUACAAGGUUACUUUACCCCUUUUUACCUUUCAUGAUAGAUUGACUAAACUAAAGAAAAAUCAAAAAGAAAUGGCAUUGAAAUAUAUUUUUAUUGAUCAAUUAGAAUUGACUCCUAGGACCUAUAAUUUCCUCAAAAGGUCUAAUAUACAUACAUUAUUUGACCUUUUACAUAAGAGUCACGAAUACCUUAUGAAAAUGGAACAUUUUCACAUUGAAGACGUGAAACAUAUAUUGAACAUUUUAGAAAAAAAAAAAUUCGCAAUUGAUUUACCUGAUUUACCAAAAAAUAAACUUUAAAUACCCAUUCCAUUGUAUUUGUUUUGUUAAAAUGAAUACAAUGGAAUGGGUAUUUAAAAUCGUUAGCACAUUCCAGAUAUUUUGAAUAAAAACAACAAAAAGAAUUGAAUGAAUGUUCUAUAUGGAAAUGGAAAAUUAACUUUAAAACGACUAUGUGAUAUUUUAUUUGAAU